GGCAGCUGAAAGGAUGGACAGAYGGAACAGGCAGAGGGACCAGAACCUUCAGCUCACACAGACUCACAAAACCUCUCUUUCUGGCUGUUUAACCUAAUCUGAACCUUUUUGGGGGAAACUGUUGCAACACUCUUUUCUAGGUUUGGUCACUUCCAGGAUGACUGACCACCUUGGUUAAAGAACAGAAGAAGUUGGAGGAAGUUUAGUCGUAAAGCUGGAUACUACUAAAGCCAUAAUGGACGUAUAUACAUCUUUGUGCUUAGUUUUUGUUGCACUAACUCCAAGGGUGUGCUGCACCCAAGUCGGACCUCGUGGCCACGCUGAAGAAAGGCUCCUCCAGAAUUUGUUUGCAAAUUACAACAAGCUCUCCCGGCCUGUGAAGAACACUUCAGACACGGUGUUGGUCCACUUUGGACUCUCGAUUGCCCAGCUAAUUGAUGUGGAUGAAAAGAAUCAGAUGAUGACGACAAACGUCUGGGUUAAGCAAGAGUGGAACGAUUACAAGCUCCGCUGGGACCCAGAGGAAUAUGAAAAUGUCACUUCCAUCCGAAUUCCUUCUGAGAUUAUCUGGAGGCCUGAUAUUGUUCUCUACAACAAUGCGGAUGGUGACUUUGCAGUAACUCACCUCACGAAGGCCCAUUUGUUUCAUGAUGGACACAUAAAGUGGACGCCUCCGGCCAUUUAUAAGUCUUCGUGCAGCAUCGACGUCACAUUUUUCCCCUUCGACCAGCAAAGCUGCAAGAUGAAGUUCGGUUCCUGGACCUACGAUCGGGCCAAGAUCGAUCUGAUCAGCAUGGCCAGUGACGUGGACCAGAUGGACUACUGGGAGAGUGGCGAGUGGGUCAUCAUCAACGCAGUGGGCAAGUACAACACAAAGAAGUACGAGUGUUGCACGGAGAUCUAUGCAGACAUCACUUAUUACUUCAUCAUUCGGAGGCUCCCUUUGUUCUACACGAUCAACCUCAUCAUCCCCUGUCUGCUCAUCUCCUGUUUGACCGUUCUGGUGUUUUAUUUACCAUCUCAGUGUGGAGAGAAGAUUACUUUAUGUAUUUCAGUCCUGCUGUCCCUGACGGUGUUUCUCCUGCUGAUCACAGAGAUUAUACCAUCUACAUCACUGGUGAUUCCACUGAUAGGUGAAUACCUUCUGUUCACCAUGGUGUUUGUCACACUUUCCAUCAUAAUUACAGUUUUUGUGUUGAACGUACAUCACCGGUCACCAAAAACCCACAGCAUGCCUCACUGGGUGCGCAGAGUGUUCUUGGACAUGGUGCCCCGAGUCCUGUUCAUGAAACGCCCACCGGGCACAGCGAAACAGCACUGCAAGAAGCUCAUCGAGAUGAUGCACCGUACCACGGUGAUCUCUACAACGAGCAACUCACAGGCCUUCUGGAUCGGAUUAGACACGGAGCUAAGACAGAUGACCCAAACAGAUAACACAAUCCCAAAUUCUCCAGCUGAUAGUCCAAGGAUUCUCRUCUGCUCAGCCUCUCCGCCGUCUUCCCCCUGUGAGGACCACAGUGAGGAUCAUUCACCGAGUUCCAACCUCUUCUGCAAAUCCUCGUCCGGCAAAUAUUCGGUCCUGUCAGAGAAACAAUCCUCGCGUGGACACAACUCUGUGAGCAUGUCCGCAUCGCAGUUGUCCUUGCCUCCAAUUUUGCCACUGGCUCCACUUCAGAACCUUUCCAAAGAGCGACCGAGCACGCUGGCCCUAAACAGUCGCUCCUUCAGCGCAGAGCAAAUGUGCRACCACCAGGAGGAGCCUCCUCAGAAGUCUGAGCCUCGAUGUCGCUCCCACAGUUUUCAGUACUGCUGUCUGCAUGACGAUGGGGUAAAGGGGACCCCGAAGCAGGUGAACAAAGCACCCUCUAAUGACAACUCGCCAGGAACCCCAACAACCGUGUCCACCAAAGACGCAAGCACCCAAUUGGAUCGUCCGAACCCAACAAUCUCACCAGCUAUGCAACGAGCCAUCGAGGGAGUUCAGUACAUCGCCGAUCAUCUCAGGGCAGAGGAUGCCGACUUUUCAGU